AGCAGGACGCUGGCAACAGGCCCUCUCUGCUCCAUUCCAGCACCUCACUCUGCCCCUGCUAUGGUCUCCAUGCUCACAGCCUGGUGCUCCGUCGCUGUAGCUCUGCUCGUGGUCCUUCAUGAAGGGAAGGGCCAGGCUGCCUCUACCCUGAAGCCACCGGGGCUUUCACCCAGGGCCCAAGGCACCCACCUGAGGCUUCGUCGUUGCUCCUGCAGCUCCUGGCUUGACAAAGAGUGCGUCUACUUCUGCCACCUGGACAUCAUCUGGGUGAACACUCCAGGACAGAUAGCUCCAUACGGCCUGGGAAAGCCGCCAAGACGCCGGCGCCGCUCCCUGCCAAAGCGCUGUGAAUGCUCCAGCUCCAGCGAUCAUGUCUGUGCCACCUUCUGCCAUCGAAGACCCUGGGCCAAAGCUGUGACAGUCCCAAGCAAUCAGUCCCCCUCAGACGUGUUCCAGACUGGCAAGACAUGGGCCACAGAAGGAGCCCUCCUCCAGAGGCUGAGAGACAUUUCUGCUGCCAAGAUCCGCUUUGCCAGGCGACAGCAGGAGGCGACAAGGGAGCCCAAGCCUGCUCAUUCCAGGUGGAAAAAGAGAUAGUGCUGAGAGCUGCAGGAGUACUAAGAAGCCCACCUACCUUGAGACAGAGGAGAUGCGCCGCUCAUGGGAGACCCUCCACCUGUCUCCUGGCCCAGCUACCCAGACCUGUUUUCUGUGGUUGGCGCAAGCUCUGGCCUCCCAUCCUGGUGGAGGGAGCCUUGUUCAAGGCAGCUCCGUGCUGUCACACUGCCUAGGAUAGCUCUCGGUUCUCCGGUGGCAGAGCAACCCCUGGUGCUACUACAAGAAAGAACUGCGUGGAACAAUUGUGAACUUGGAGGCCCUGUCCUGAGGCUGUCCUGUCUGUUGGGCUACGAUCCAGGAGGUGCCACACAGCAGGAAAUGCUCACAUCUAAGCCAGUCCUGGAGACAGGAUAGCCCGGGCAUCCUGGCUGGUCCCCAGCUGCCCUCUCUAGCUGCCCCUUCCUAGAGUUCUUGUGCCUUCCUGACCUUGGGACCCUGCGUGAGAAGAGCCUGUUCUGUUUCACACAUCUGCAAAUAACUUAUUU